CCAGACCUCUACCUGCGAAUUUGCCCACGUUCUUUUUCAGAAUUGUAAGGAAGGGAAGAAAAGUUUCUUCGACUUCCAAGGUUGACCAACAACCGAGCUCAAGAUGCCUGCCUAUUUUCAGAAACCAGAAAAUGCACUCAAAAGAGCAAAUGAAUUUGUUGAGGUUGGAACAAAGGAAGCUGCUCUUGAUGUCCUCUAUGAGGUCAUAAAAAGCAAAAAGCAUAGAAAUUGGCAAAAGAUUCAUGAGCCAAUCCUCAAGCUUUACCUAACCUUGUGUGUUCAGCUGAAGCGUAGUGUCAGUGCCAAAGAGGGCUUGUACCAAUAUAAAUUGAUCUGCCAGCAAGUUAACAUUGCAUCACUGGAAGAUGUUGUCAGGUUCUUUUUGAAGCUUGCUGAAGAUACAGCUGAAAAUGCCAGGCAGCAGUCUAGAGAGCAAGUUAUUGUUGAUGACUUGGAUCAAGUGCAAACACCAGAAGGGCUGCUUCUGAGUAGUGUCAGUGUUGAAGACACCCAAGACAGGACAGACAGAGUGCUGUUGACACCAUGGGUCAAGUUUCUCUGGGAAGCUUACAGAAAUGUAUUGGAUUUGCUGAGGAAUAAUAAUCGUGUGGAAAGAUUGUAUCAAGAUACUGCGCAGCAAGCAUUUAAGUUUUGCCUAAGAUACAACAGAAGAACUGAGUUCCGAAAGCUUUGUGAUCAUAUUCGUAAUCAUUUGACACAAAUCCAGAAGUACCAAGGACAGCCCAAUGCCAUUAACCUUAAUAACACUGAAAGCUUACAAAUGCAUGUGGAGACAAGAUUGUCACAGCUUGAAAGCGCCAUCCAAAUGGAACUUUGGCAGGAAGCCUUCAAAGCCAUUGAAGACAUUCAUGGCUUAAUGCAGUUGUCCAAGAAGCCACCAAAGCCCCACGUGCUUGCUAAUUAUUAUGAAAAGAUGGCAUUGGUUUUCUGGAAAGCUGGAAAUUGCCAAUUCCAUGCAGCAACUUUGCAUCGAUUGUAUGUUCUGUACAAAGAACAGAAAAAGAGCAUCAGCCAAGAGGAGACGCAGAAAAUCAGCUCAAAGGUUCUCCUGGCGACCUUAGCAGUGCCGAUCUCAGCUGGACGAAGUGAGCUAGAGGGGUAUCUGAACCACGAUGACACUGCCCAUGAAAAGGCAAAGCGGCUUUCUGGUUUGCUGGGAUUGCAGACAAUCCCUUCAAGGCAAUAUCUUAUCAAGGAAAUGCUUAAAGUUAAUGUCAUUCCAAACGUGAUUCCUGAAAUUGCGAAUUUGUACCAAUGGAUCGAGGUGGAUUUCCAGCCUUUAAAGAUUUGCCAAAAAGUGGACGGUGUCUUGAACACACUGAAAGACCUCGAUGACUAUCAGCAAUAUGUGAAACCUUUGAUGGACAUAGCUGCCACUAGAAUGCUUAGACAGGUUUCGCAAGUGUAUGACAGAAUGCAGUUUUCGAAGCUUGCUUCUUUGGUUCCGUUUUUCGAUGAGCACAAGUUGGAGAGAAUUAUUGUUGAUACAGUCAAAGAGAAAGAACUGCAGUUGUCUAUUGACCACCGUAAGCAGUAUGUCAAUUUUGGCUCAACAAUGGUUGUCGCGAUGAGAGAAGAUGUCCCAGAGGGUCCAUUUAUCCAGUCUUUGCCUUCGGAGCUGACAAGAAGCCAAUUGUUCCAGCUAUCUCAAGGACUCCAGGACUGCUUCACAUACAUUUGCCCGGACAUGAUCAAGAGAAAUCGUCAGCAAGAGAGAGAGCAUCUCAUCCAACAGUAUCUACGACAAGAAAGAAAAGAGCAUGCACACAUCUUGAGUCGUAAAUUUGUCAUCGAAGCAAGGAAAGAGAUGAUUGAAAACAUUAGAACCAAACAGGAACGCAAAGAGCAAGCAAGGAUUCAAGAGCAACAACAGAAGCUGAAGGCUGCAGAGGAACGUAGGCUUGAAGAAGAGAGAGCCAAACGUGAGGAGGAACGAAUGAAACAGGAGUAUGCAAAGGUUAAGAAACAGCAAGUGCUUGAAAGAGUCAAAACUCUGACUGAAAGUGAUGUUGGAAAGAAGGCCUUCAAAGGUCUGACAUCAGAGCAAAUUGAGGAUAUGAAUGAAGAUGACAUCAUACGUAUCCAAGUCGAGCAGCUUGACAAAGAGAAACGAGAGCUGUCUUUGAAGAUGAAGACCCAGGAAAAGAGGAUUGAUUACAUGGCACGUGCAAUGAGAAGGGAAGAAAUCCCUUUGCUGGAGAAGAAGUACGAGGAAGACUCCGUCAAGGAUAAAAUAUUCUGGGAGCAGCAAGAGGAGGAAAUGAUUGCCACUGCUGAGAAAGAGCACGAGAUUGCAUUGAAGACUAAAAACAGGCUUGGAAGAAUGAUCAAAGACAAGGAUGAAUUCGUCAAUGAUCUUGAGAAGAAGAGGGCUGAUGUUUUCGAGGCAAGACUGAAAGACUUUGAGGAUCGUCUUGAAACGCUGAGGAAAGAAAGACUUGAAGCUCGUCGAAAACAGCGAAUCGAAGAGAGAAAAAGGAAUUACAUCGAGGAGAAGCGAGAGGCUGCCAGAAAGGCUGAGGAGGAGAGAAUUUUGCGAGAAAAAGAAGAAGAGAAAAAACGCCUUGCCAUGGAGCUGGAGGCGAAGAGGAAAGAAGAAGAGGAAAGAGAAAGAAAACUUGCAGAUAUCGAGAGGAAAAAAUUGGAGAAGGAAAGGGAGAUUGAAGAGAAAAUUCGCCGAAUGGAACAAGAAGACAGGGAACCCCCUAUACGUAAUGUGGAUGCAGCCAAAGUGGAUCCAAGGGAUGCAAGAGAUGGACAACGUCGUCCACGGGAUGGAGAGGACAGUGGAACAUGGCGAAGACCUGAAGCAACUACACCCAGUAGAGAUACGGGACGAGAAGCUCCUCCUGCAAGAGAGGCAAGCAGCGGAACUGGUCGAAAAUACAUACCUCCGAGUAUGAGGGCUCGUAUGAAUGCUGGUGAAGCUGCGCCUGAAGGAGACAUGUCACGUGAUGGAGAUCGUUCCCGCGACUUCCGUGACAGUGGACGUUCUAGGGAUUUUGACAGAGACAGUGGUAGAUCACGUGACUUUGAUCGUGAUGGUGGUCGGGCGCGUGAUUUUGACCGUGAUGGUGGACGGCCUCGUGAGUUUGACCGUGAUGGUGGACGGCCUCGUGAGUUUGACCGUGAUGGUGGACGGCCUCGUGACUUUGACCGUGAUGGUGGACGGCCACGCGACUUUGAUCGCGAUGGUGGUAGGCCACGUGAUUUCACACGGGAUUCAGAUAGAGGGGACAGUAGAAGGGAGCGAGGCUUUGGUGGCGGAUGGCGAGGAGACGGAGAUAGUAGUGGUUGGAGAAGAGAUGAAGCCCCUAGAGACAAGACGGAAGGGCGCUCAUGGCAAGCGUCAAGGGUUGGAUCUCGUCAAGAUCGGGACCGACAAGGACAUCAGGGUGAUCAAGAUUCAGAUGGCUGGACAAGAGUUCGACGCUAAACUGCCUGUCAUGUUCUAGAAUUGACACUUAGAUCAAAUGCAUUGAUGUGCUUACCAUUAAUUGAUUAAAACUAGAAUGGUAUAUUGUUAUUCAGAUAUUUUGU